UAUGAGAGUGAUCUGAAGCCUAGCAGCAGCUCUCCUUCUUUGGAGGAGGACGAGGGCUUCAGUGACUGGACCCAGCGGCUGGAGAGAUGCCGGCAGCAGGCCCAGCGCAUGGAGGAGCUCAGUCAGGCCCCAGAGGAGCAGGACCAGAGGCCCCUGAACGGUGCCGCAAAGGCCCCCACACCACAUACCCUCUCUACCUCAGCCACCCCCACCACAUCCACCUCUCGUCUGCAGAGACAACACAAGGCAGAAGCGGAGGAUGAGGAAGAGAAGAAGUUGGGAAGAAAGGAAAGUGAGAGGAAAAGGAGGGAGCGAGAGGAGGAGGUGGUUAGAGAAGAGAGGGUGCAAAAGGAGAGGGAGAGAGAAGAGGAGGCAGAGAAACAGAGGCAGGAGCAAAUGAGGGUUCUCAAGAAGAGAGAGGAGGACCAAAGACCAGAUGCUGAGGAGAAGGUACUCUUGUGCAUUACUGAAAUAAAUAUUUUUAUUUGUAAUUAUAUGCUAAUAUGUGAUUAAUUAAGAAAUGUAAUAUGAUUAUGAAUAUGAUUAUUCAAAAAUGUAUGUCCUUGAAGUAGUCAACCAGGGAGAUGUUUAAUGUUCUUUACAGCCCCAGUUGAAAGAGAAGAUAAAAGAUGUGAAGGUCUCUUACACAUCCCAAGUUGUCCUGCAUACAGAGACAAAGCAUGGUAACACCAACGGAGACACAGCUGGGGAGGAAUUUACAUCAUACAUGGCCAAAACCAAAUUAAGAGCUCCCAGGUAAAUCAUGGUGAAUUAUGGUUUAUGGAUAUGUAUCACUAGAUCUGCUUCCACAUUCAAUUACACGGCAAGAAAAUCACAUUGCAGUUCACAUUGGGACGGAUUCAGACUUAGGAUAUGUACGCCUUUCUUAUGCACUUCUCAGUAGUUGGUAUUCAGACUUACCUUAUGCAGAUGCGUAAUGGGCAUUGCAGGUGUUGUUCCCUUGCGUGCUCUGAAUACAUAUAAUUCAACCCUCCCACUUGCUGGCCAACAGAUUUUCUCGUGGAGUUUUCAUUCAGCAGCAUUUUAAGUACAUUAAUCUAAAGCCAUCCCUUUAAAUUUGGUGUACCUUUCAUUUGAAUUUUCUCGACAGACUCACUAGAAUAUAUGGAGAAAACAGUUCAGAAUAUUAGGGAUCAAUGAAAGAAAGUCAUGUAAAUGCACACAUAUUCGUCUCCUUUUCAGCACCACUUGGUAGAUGUAAAAAUACUCUGAUCUGCAUUCGGAAAGUAUUCAGACCCCAUCCCUUUUUCCACAUUUUGUUAUGUUACAGCCUUUUUCUAAAAUGGAUUAAAUACAACAUUUUCCUCAUCAAUCUACACACAAUACCCCAUAAUGACACAGCGAAAACAGGUUUUAAGAAUUUAUUGUUUUUAAAAACAGAAAUACAUUGUUUACAUAAUUAUUCAGACGCUUUGCUAUGAAACUCGAAAUUGAGCUCAGGUGCAUCCUGUUUCCAUUGGUCAUCCUUGAGAUGUUUCUACAACUAGGAAUGAGGUCGAAGGAAUUUUCCGUUGAGCUCCGAGACAUGAUUGUGUCGAGGCACAGAUCUGGGGAAGGGUACCAAAAAAUGUCUGCAGCAUUGAAGGUCCCCAAGAACACAGGGGCCUCCAUCAUUCUUAAAUGGUAGAAGUUUGGAACCAUCAAGACUCUUCCUAGAGCUGGCCGCCCGGCCAAACUGAGCAAUCGGGGGAGAAGUGCCUUGGUCAAGGAGGUGACCAAAAACCCGAUGGUCACUCUGACAGAACUCCAGAGCUCAUCUGUGGAGAUGGGAGAACCUUCCAGAAGGACAACCAUCUCUGCAGCACUACACCAAUCAGUCCUUUUUUGUAGAGUGGCCAGACGGAAGACACUCCUCAUUAAAAGGCACGACAGCCCGAUUGGAGUUUGCCAAAAGCCACCUAAAGGACUCACAGACCAUGAGAUACAACAUUCUCUGAUCUGAUGAAACCAAGAUUUAACUAUUUCGGCUGAAUGCCAAGUGUCACGCCUGGAGGAAACCUGUCACCAUCCCUACGGUGAAGCAUGGUGGUGUCAGCAUCAUGCUGUGGGGAUGUUUUUCAGCGGAAGGGACUGGGAGACUAGUCAGGAGUGAGGGAAAGCUGAACGGAGCAAUGUACAGAGAGAUCCUUGUUGAAAACCUGCUCCAGAGCGUUCACGACCAAAGAUUUCCAACAGGAAAAUGACCCUAAGCACACAGCCAAGACAACGCAGGAGUUACUUUGGGACAAGUCUUUGAAUGUCCUUGAGUGGCCCAGCCAGAGCCCGGACAUGAACCCGAUCUAACAUCUCUGGAGAGACCUGGAAAUACAGUGCCUUGCAAAAGUAUUCAUCCCCCUUGGCGUUUUUCCUAUUUUGUUGCAUUAAAACCUGUAAUUUAAAUAGAUUUUUAUUUGGAUUUCAUGUAAUGGACAUACACAAAAUACUCAAAAUUGGUGAAGUGAAAUGAAAAAAAUAACUUGUUUCAAAAAAUUAUAUAAAAUAAAUAACGGAAAAGUGGUGAGUGCAUAUACAUUCACCCCCUUUGCUAUGAAGCCCCUAAAUAAGAUCUGGUGCAACCAAUUACCUUCAGAAGUCACAUAAUUAGUUAAAUAAAGUCCACCUGUGUGCAUUCUAAGUGUCACAUGAUCUGUCACAUGAUCUCAGUAUAUAUACGUGUUCUGAAAGGCCCCAGAGUCUGCAACACCACUAGGCAAGGGGCACCACCAAGCAUGCGGCACCAUGAAGACCAAGGAGCUCUCCAAACAGGUCAGGGACAAAGUUGUGGAGAAGUACAGAUCAGGGUUGGGUUACAGAAAAAUAUCAGAAACUUUGAACAUCCCACGGAGCACCAUUAAAUCAAUUAUUAAAAAAUGGAAAGAAUAUGGCACCACGACAAACCUGCGAAAAGAGGUUUGCCCACCAAAACUCACGGACCAGGCAAGGAGGGCAUUAAUCAGAGAGGCAACAAAGAGACCAAAGAUAACCCUGAAGGAGCUGCAAAGCUCCACAUUGAAGAUUGGAGUAUCUGUCCAUAGGACCACUUUAAGCCGUACACUCAAAAAUAUUUUGCAUCUUCAAAGUGGUAGGUAUGUUGUGUAAAUGAAAUGAUACAAACCCCCCAAAAUACUAUUUUAAUUCCAGGUUGUAAGGCAACAAAAUAGGAAAAAUGCCAAGGGGGGUGAAUACUUUCGCAAGCCACUGUAGCUGUGCAGCAGCGCUCCCAAUCCAACCUGACAGAGCUUGAGAGAAUCUGCAGAGAAGAAUGGGAGAAACUCCCCAAAUACUUGUAGCGUCAUAUCCAAGAAGACUCAAGGCUGUAAUUGCUGCCAAAGGUGCUUCUCAACAAAGUACUGAGUAAAGGGUCUGAAUACUUAUGUAAAUGUUAUAUUUCCUUUUUUUAUGUUUAAAACAUUUGCAAACAUUUCUAAAAAUCUGUUUUUGCUUUGUCAUUAUGGGGUAUUUUGUGUAGAUUGAUGAUGGGAAAAAACGAUUUAAUCCAUUUUAGAAUAAGGCUGUAAAGUAACAAAUUGUGGUUAGUUAGGGUUAGUAUUUAAAGUAUUGAAUAAAUAAUAAAUAAAUAAAAACUGGUUUUGAGAGCCUUUACGCAAGAAAAUAUAUUGGUGUAUCACAAAUACAGUGGUUUGAUUAAUCCUGAAAGUUACCAUAGUCAAUUGUUCAAUACAUUAAAUAUUGGAAGGUGAGAAAAGUGUCCAAUAGGGGUUGAACAGUAGUCCUAUAAAGCUACCCUAAUAAUCCUCACUAAUCAUGGAACUGUCAUCGUGAAACACGCAACAGGUUUCAGGUUUAAACUGCUGCGUAUGGUCUGCGUUCCAUAAUGAUUCAAAUAGGCUACACGCCUGAAAUGAUUGCACAACUUGUAAUACGUUAGCCUAAUAUGAUCCACUAUUGCUUGCGAUCCUCAGGAACAACCACACGAACGUGACAGAGGAAAGGAAGGUAAACUAACGACGUAGGCUAAUGAUGCAAAAUGUAAAGAAACUAAGAUUAAAGUCAGUGACCGUUUGAAAUGUAUGUGGGUAUAACUGACGGUGGCUACCGAUAGUGGCUCAUAUUUAACAUCAUACAAAUUGUAAAUAAUACAGUAAAAAGUCCAGGCAUAUAAUUAAAACAUUCAAGAAAUCAUAAAGCAACUUGGUAGGUUUGGCGCUAUAUUGCCAUUUCCAAACUUCAUCCCAAAUUAUAAGGCCAGCAUAAACUUCACUGCGGAAAAGGUUAUAUGUUGAUAUGUUUCAGUUUGUUGCCAUAUGACUCGUUUCACAUUUGUCUUUCGCGAUCAUAAGGUAAAAUUGUCAUUUAUAUUUACAAUCCCCUUAUCCAAACGGCUUACUAAUUUACCUAGCUCUUAUCUAUAGCUCUUAUCAAUUUGUAAAUUACAGUGCAUGGAGCAUGGUGUUAUUUCUAUGGGGGAAAAAAUUAAGUAGAUGUUGUUCCACUUGGAAACGACAGGUUGCUCGACCUUAUUCAUUAUUUCAUCGUGCUUAAAGGUGGUGGAAUUAUGAGGGAAUUAAGUCAAGGUCAGAAUACGUAUCUGCAGACACACCUCCGCCACACUUUAAUUUCUUUGAUCUUCACCCCAACUGAAUAGCGGGUCAAGUCAGAAUACGUGUAGAGAGAAAAGUGCAAAAAAGGGAAUUACCUUUCAUUUACGCGUGAUAACCUCAGGUCAGAAUUCCCCCCUACAUGACUCCUAGACGUUUCACAUUCUAAACUAUUAGGAUGGUGGAAACUAUUAGGAGACAGAGAUAUUUAUUGAAAUCCUGCCCCUGUAUUUAACCUCUUUUUUUCCUCCAGUCAUCCUUCCAUCUAUCCCUCCAUCUCUCCCAGGGCUGUGGUACAAGUUGCAGCGGUCGAGCCUGAGGAGGAGGCAGAGGCCAUCUUAGAGGCCAAGCUGGAGAAGAUCCGACGUAGCCACACGGAGAAGGAAAACCAGGAGCUUGAGCAGCUCAGACACAAGCAGGCUGAGGCCGAGCAGGAGCUGGAGGAGCUGAAGAGGAGGAGGGAGGAGAGACGCCAGGUCAGGGAGGGGGAGGAGCGCAGGAGCAGGGAGGAGGAGCAGCAGCGCCUGGCCAAGGAUGAGGUGAUGGUCAACUACUGUGUACAUACAUAAUGUGUAUAGCCUUCGGCAUUAAGAAACACAAACAGAAAGAGACCCAUACACAAAAAAAAAAAAAAAUGUAUGCACGCAUGACUGUAAGUCGCUUUGGAUAUAAGCGUCUGCUAAAUGGCAUAUUAUUAUUAUUAUUAAUAUCUUACACAUCAGCCGGUGGUGUAGUGCAGGGUAAACGCAAGUAAACGCAGUUUACCCACCUUUUUUGUGACAGUUUACCCACUUUUUCCGGAAAAUGCAUUGAAAGUAUAGGGAGAGUAACUUUUUCACCGCAACCACGGUCAGAGUUUUCCCACCUACAGUAUUUUUUUAACCACAAAACUGUAUAUAGUGAUGGGUAUUCUGAGUCUUUUCGGUAAGCCAGUUCAUUUGACUCUGUUCAAAGAGCCGUUAAUUUGGAUCCCAACUGCUCUUCCUUCAGUAGUUCUUAAAGGGCGACUGCACUUCCUAAUUUGGCCUCAUUUUAGAUUUGGUUCAUUAAGAAAUGCUGGCAGCCAUGACUGAAUUCAAACAUGAGUUGUUUUGGAGUGUGGUUUGAUGUGGGUGUCUUGUGUGUUCGCAGGUGGGAAGAGUCAGCCAAAUUAUUUUGCCAAUUAGCUUCAGAUGGCUGGUGUGCGACUCAUGCAAAAUUGGUUUGACUUUGGAUAGACUAUAUCCGGGGUAGUUAGGGGCCGUCAAUAAAUGACUCAAUGUAAAUGAUAUAUUUUCAUGUUGCACACCUUUUAGUUUUCUAAUGAAAUGCUUUCAAUAUGUGUACAGUGCCUUGCAAAAGUAUUCAUACCCCUUGUAUUUCUUAAUAAUAAUAAUAAUAUGCCAUUUAGCAGACGCUUUUAUCCAAAGCGACUUACAGUCAUGUGUGCAUACAUUUUUACGUAUGGGUGGUCCCGGGGAUCGAACCCACUACCCUGGCAUUACAAGUGCCAUGCUCUACCAAUUGAGCUACAGAGGACCACACAAAUGUUCUUCAAAUGUUAUCGUGUAUUAAGUAACAUAAUACAACAUAAUACAAACAUCCCCAUCAAAAUCCAUCAGUUUAAGCUAGAGAUAUGCGUAUCAAUCCACCACAUCCGCCAAUGUCGCACUUCUGCAUCUGCGGUGAAAAGUGGAAGAGUUAGAGUGGUGUUUGUCAGACGAUGAGACAUCCCGAAAAUCGGUCUUCUCCCGAAAACGUCUGAAAACAUCUGUAGCAUCCGAACAGUUUGACCUACGAACUGACCACUCUAUGGAAAGGAGAGACUCUAACGAACACAAUGGUGAUCUUCGUUUUGCUCUACAGCCCCCACAAGUGUCAGGGGACUCGUCUGAAGGUAACCGGUACCGGUUAAAAAAAUGAAUGGAAGUAUGAAGGUAGUUUUGUGCCUGCCCAAAAAAGUGUAAAAAAUGCAAUAACUACAAAUAUUUAUUUAUGAUUAAUUUUUUGACUGUCUUUUUUGCCAUUUUUGAGUUUGUUAUUCAAUGUGUUUUUCUGGGCUAUAGUAGUAAAGGCUAAAUUCAAUAUUUUAUCAAAACGUUUUUUAUAUAUAUUUUUUAUACCUAAAGGGGUCCUAAAAUUCAAAAUCAAAUACCUUAAGGAUCCAUAGUAUGACCUUCUUAAAACAAUUCCAUAUGUCAGCUUACAACAAUCUACACUAAAUACUCUGUAACGUCAAAGUGUACAUUUAUUUUUAUUUUUAUUUUUAUGAUUAAUAUUAAAUUAAAUAACUAAAAUAUAGUCGUUGCACAAGUAUUCCGCUCCCUAAAUCAAUACAUUUUAGAAACACCUUUGGAAGUCACUAAGAGCUUUACACACCUGGAUUGUGUAAUAUUUGUCCAUUAUUAUUUUCAUAAUUCUUCAAGCUCUGUCAAGAUGUUGGGGAUUAUGUCUAGAGAGCAAUUUUCAAGUCUUGCCAUAGAUUUUCAAGCAGAUUUAAGUCAAAACUGUAACUUGGCUACUCAGGAACAUUCACAGUCUUCUUGGUAAGCAACUCCAGUGUUUAUUUGGCCUUGUGUUGUAGCUUAUUGUCCUGAUGAAAGGUGAAUUCCUCUCCCUGUGUCUGGUGUAAAGCAGACGGAAGCAGGUUUUCCUGUAGGAUUUUGCCUGUGCUUAGCGCCAUCCCAUUUCUUUUUAUCCUGAAAAACUCCUCAGUAUUUGCCGAUGUAAAGCAUACCCAUACCAUGAUGCAGCCACCACCAUGCUUGAAAAUAAGGAGGAAGUUACUCAGUGACAUGUAGGCCAAAAAGUGUAUUUCUUUGUUUUGUUUUUUGCAGUAUUACUUUAUUGCCUUGUUGCAUACAAUAAUGUUGUUAUUCUGUAUAUUUUCCAUUCUUCUUUUCACUUUGUCAUUUAAGUCAUUGUUGAGUCACUACAAUGUUGUUGAACGAACCUCAAUUUUCUCCCAUCACAGACAUUGAACCCUGUAACUGUUUUAAAAUCACCAAUGACAUCCCUGAGCAGUUUAAGUCCUGUCCUGCAGCUCAGUUCAGAAGGAAGACUGUAUCUUUGAUGUGUCUGGGUGGUUUAAUACAUAAUCCACAGCAUAAUUAGAGUUGGUUUGAGGUUUUUAAGUAAUGUGAAGCUGUGAGAUGUGAAGCUAUUUGGGAUAUCUAAAGUCAACCCAAAUGUACCACGGGCAUUACAAUUGGGUCACGUGCAGCUGCACUCUGAAUUGAUGAUUACUUGUGUGCUGCCAGCUGUGAGCAUGUGGCCAGGAUUGAAACAAACCCAACCUUCAUUUACAUUGUGUUGCAGUCACAACCACAAGUCUCACAAAACUUAGUUUUGGACAAGAAUGACUUUAUGACCAAAAUUAUCCUAUUUACACUUUGUAGUCAAGUUUGACUGUAUAAUAAAUGUUUCUGACUCAUAUCGAUGCCACAUAGGCUGUUUUCUAAAUGAAAAGUUGUUUUUUAGAGGCAGUUGCUAUUUAAAAAUUGACCUAGAACCAUGAAAAAAUAGCAAAUCUCUAAUGUUAAGCCUAACAGUUGGUUCUAUUGAAUUUUUACCUGACCAAAUUAUGAAAUUGGAUUUUUUUCUUUUUUUAUGCACUGCAAAAAUGAGCAUGGACAUGAAUGAGGCUGUCUCUCAUUAUCCAUUGUUCCUGCAGUGAGAAUGUUCUUCAUAGAAUGUUGUUAUAACUUAUCUGCAGAUAAUCGUUGUCUGGAGCUCAAAAAGCAGUACUAGCAGCAUGCAAAUCAAUUAGCAAAAUGAACCGCUCUUUCACUGAUGUGAUUCGGUUCCUGACGUUCACCAAAAAGAUCCAUUCAAAAAGAGCUGUUCGUUCGUGAACGACCUAUCACUAUGAUAAACACAUCACCGCAUAUCUUAAGCAACUACAGUGGGGGAAAAAAGUAUUUAGUCAGCCACCAAUUGUGCAAGUUCUCCCACUUAAAAAGAUGAGAGAGGCCUGUAAUUUUCAUCAUAGGUACACGUCAACUAUGACAGACAAAUUGAGAAAAACAUUUCCAGAAAAUCACAUCGUAGGAUUUUUUAUGAAUUUAUUUGCUAAUUAUGGUGGAAAAUAAGUAUUUGGUCACCUACAAACAAGCAAGAUUUCUGGCUCUCACAGACCUGUAACUUCUUCUUUAAGAGGCUCCUCUGUCCUCCACUCGUUACCUGUAUUAAUGGCACCUGUUUGAACUUGUUAUCAGUAUAAAAGACACCUGUCCACAACCUCAAACAGUCACACUCCAAACUCCACUAUGGCCAAGACCAAAGAGCUGUCAAAGGACACCAGAAACAAAAUUGUAGACCUGCACCAGGCUGGGAAGACUGAAUCUGCAAUAGGUAAGCAGCUUGGUUUGAAGAAAUCAACUGUGGGAGCAAUUAUUAGGAAAUGGAAGACAUACAAGACCACUGAUAAUCUCCCUCGAUCUGGGGCUCUACGCAAGAUCUCACCCUGUGGGGUCAAAAUGAUCACAAGAACGGUGAGCAAAAAUCCCAGAACCACACGGGGGGACCUAGUGAAUGACCUGCAGAGAGCUGGGACCAAAGUAACAAAGCCUACCAUCAGUAACACACUACGCCGCCAGGGACUCAAAUCCUGCAGUGCAGACGUGUCCCCCUGCUUAAGCCAGUACAUGUCCAGGCCCGUCUGAAGUUUGCUAGAGUGCAUUUGGAUGAUCCAGAAGAGGAUUGGGAGAAUGUCAUAUGGUCAGAUGAAACCAAAAUAGAACUUUUUGGUAAAAACUCAACUCGUCGUGUUUGGAGGACAAAGAAUGCUGAGUUGCAUCCAAAGAACACCAUACCUACUGUGAAGCAUGGGGGUGGAAACAUCAUGCUUUGGGGCUGUUUUUCUGCAAAGGGACCAGGACGACUGAUCCGUGUUUUGGAAAGAAUGAAUGGGGCCAUGUAUCGUGAGAUUUUGAGUGAAAACCUCCUUCCAUCAGCAAGGGCAUUGAAGAUGAAACGUGGAUGGGUCUUUCAGCAUGACAAUGAUCCCAAACACACCGCCCGGGCAACGAAGGAGUGGCUUCGUAAGAAGCAUUUCAAGGUCCUGGAGUGGCCUAGCCAGUCUCCAGAUCUCAACCCCAUAGAAAAUCUUUGGAGGGAGUUGAAAGUCCGUGUUGCCCAGCGACAGCCCCAAAACAUCACUGCUCUAGAGGAGAUCUGCAUGGAGGAAUGGGCCAAAAUACCAGCAACAGUGUGUGAAAACCUUGUGAAGACUUACAGAAAACGUUUGACCUGUGUCAUUGCCAACAAAAGGUAUAUAACAAAGUAUUGAGAAACUUUUGUUAUUGACCAAAUACUUAUUUUCCACCAUAAUUUGCAAAUAAAAUCAUUAAAAAUCCUACAAUGUGAUUUUCUGGAGAAAAAAAAUCUCAUUUUGUCUGUCAUAGUUGACGUGUACCUAUGAUGAAAAUUACAGGCUUCUCUCAUCUUUUUAAGUGGGAGAACUUGCACAAUUGGUGGCUGACUAAAUACUUUUUUUCCCCACUGUAUACAGCAGCUAAAGAUAGCACUCACUAAAUGAGUCACCUGUUUGCCUUAUAAGCUCUCCAAAAGGAGCCUAUGACACCUGUGUAAUGUAGCUAUGAUCUCAUGUGGUAGAGAGUUGUGCCUCCUCUUCUUGUAUGAUACUGAACCAUUGUGUGUCUUCCUGUACAGGAAGAGAAGAGGAGGAUGAAGGAGGACAUAGAGAGGAGGAGGAUGGAGGCAGCAGAGAGGAUGAAGAGUCUCAGUACCUCCAGCGUGGACGGAGAUGAGUUGUUUAGCCCGCUCAAUCCGAAAGGCUCCAUCUACAAGGUACAGUAGCUAACAUUUCUGUUCCAUCCAUCUAUUUCUCAGGUUUGUCAUUAUUGCCUAUGGUCAUAUAUGACAAGCACGAUUCUUGUGAUGAUAUAGAAGAGAGUUUUUGAGAUCAUGGAUAAUGGUAAUGAUACCUUUGGUUUUCUGUAUAAAAAAAGAGUGCUCUAUACAGUAUUUCUAUAUUGUUGUUACUACAAACAAACAAAAAGAACAAAAAUGUGACUUUAUACCAUCUUUACAGCCAUUGCGUUUAGUUUCAAUCACGUAAGUUGCAUGGGAGUGUUAUAAAUGUCAGCAUUUGCCACUGUCUCCACCACAGCGCAUGUAGUAUGAUCAGGUGAUGUGUGUGUGUGUGUGUGUGUGUGGGACAUGUGCAGCUUUAUGGUCAAUCAGUUUUCACUAUUUUGUGUCAAUACUACCACCUGUCUCUGUUUGUGUAAUGUUAGUUUGCUCCAACAGCAUGCCUUUAUGUACAAAUAGGAUACCACCAUUCCAAUGACUGGUCGCUGUGACAGCCUGUGUUUACACUGUUCUGUGUUAUUGUCCUUAACUCCUUCCACCUUGCUUUGUUUAAAAAGUAGGGUAUUAAGUAAUAUAGUUAGUUGUCAGUAUUAUAGAUAGUGUUUCCAUGGGUUCAUUUGUUUGGAUUUAGACGUUUGCACUGCAUGGCAUGUUGUGAAGGGUUGAGUAGUGUAAAAUGUUCCUGCUUGUUGUCAGUUGAUUAGACUUGUCAGAUCACACAGGGUUUAAAAUCCACUCAGAUCUUGAUUUACUGUCAGAUGCAUCUCUUCAUCUCUCAUGAAUUCACUUCUUGUAUUAACACUAAUGAAGAAAAACUCUCAGUCACCUUCUACAAAAGGGCAACAAGUUCAGCUAGCUACUAUAACUUUUACUUCCUGCCUUUUGUUUCUAAGUUGACUUUCCUCUCUGGGUAUGGGGUUGCUAUGGUGGUGUCCUUGAGUCUGCCUACAUCCUUAGUGCUGUCAUGAGCUUCCAUCUGCUUGUGUGUGUGAUUUCAGAGAGAGAAUGAUGAGAGUUUGACAGCAGAAAAUACAUUAUUGGUGAGUUGGGUUCAACAGGCUGUGCUCUUUGAUUCAGGUCCAGGGCUGAACAGUGAACAGUAACAUAAAGGAUCCUUUUGUGUGGGAAGAACCAGAGCUUGGUGCUGGAUACGUUGAAGUAUGACCUCUUUGGCAAGCAAGGGUAGACGACAGGACAUUGUGACCAUGCCUCAAACUAGAACUCCUCUGAUACAAAUGUAUUAGUAUUUUGAUAAUGACUAGCCUAAGACUUGUAAUCCCAAACACCUUUUCUUUACUAUGAUUCAGUCUGUAUUGCAGUAAAUACACAGAUUCAAGAUAGGGAAUGGAUUUUGAGAUGGAAGCCUGCCCACACCCUGAUUGCAUUAUAAUUUUGCCUGCAGUAAACCUUGGACUGAGGCAGAGUUCGCUUAAAUCUGUCAUUGGUGAUACGAACUGACAGAUACAGGCGGAUGGAAACGGUUGAUAAAGACCAGCAGAAGAUUUCUCUGUUUGACUUGGAAGAGAUAUUUGUUGCAUCAGGCCAAAUACAGGGCUGUGAUUAACAUCAAAUUGAUCAUGAUAAUCCCCAGUCUGACAAUUCCAGAAGUCAUGGAACACUUCAACUGUUCUAUUCUAAUUCCAAAACAAUAACCUUUAACAUCAUUUUCAUAUUUUUCAGAUCACAGAAAGAACAGAAUCCUUGAACCGGUCCCUAAAGAAAAGGUGAACAUCAUGCAAGCAUACAAGGCAUUUUCACAAUGAAUAACACAAAGCAAACAAACAAAUUCCACAACAUUUACAUUUCAGUCAUUUAGCAGACGCUCUUAUCCAGAGCGACUUACAGUUUUAGUGAGUGCAUAGGUAAGGUAAUAGAACUCUCAAAUACCUUCCCUCACUAAUGCUUCGUUGUAUCUUGAGGUUGACCAAAGUCUUACUGGGCCUCUCGGCGGAUGCCUGGAUGGAGAGCUGCUAUCUGAGGCAGAACAGCAGCUAUGCUGGCUAAAUGGCUGGUGUGUAAAUGUAAACAUAGACAAAGAGGGCCAGCAGUGACCUCUAAAUGUCUCUCAGUGCAUCACCUUUGUCAGCCUGGAUGAUUUAUAGCUUGGUUAACUCUGACCAGAUGUGAGGGCUGGAGCCUGGGCUGGCUGGCUGGGUUCUCUCUGGUGGCUGGUGAGCUAUAGCUCUGGACUGUGGGAUGGCUCCACGCAGUCUGACUGCAGUAAGUCAUCAGUGGUAAAGAGCUCUCAGCAGCUAGAGUAGUAGAGACCAGGCCAGAGUUUAAUUAAUAUUAAGACUGUGACUGAAAAUAGGGUGUAAUAACAGUUCUCGCACAGUAUCCAGCCUAGCUGAAGUGAAUUUUCCUUAUUUUUGCCCACUUUUCCCCUCUGGCCUCCAUUGAUUGUCACCCUAAUGUUGGCCAUCCUACAAUGGUAAAAACUCCAAGAACUUUUGAACGGAUUAUGAUAGAGUCAUGAGGUUGGACCAUUCGCUUCCUUAGAGAGGAUUAUCUACACAAUUAACAUAUAUUUUUAAUUUAAAAAAAUACCCAUUGGUCAAAAUAUGCGUUUUUUAUUGGACACCCUAAACUUUAUCUUCCAGGUGCAGGUUUGAGAUCUGAGGAAUUGAGUAUGACAUCAUGUUUUAGUCUAGGAUGUUUUUUUAGGACGGAGGGAGGGAUCACUAUGUGCGAUAGUACUUUGAUGUGGGUGUUGCACUCCCGUGAUGAUGUGUGUCAAAACACUGUUAGACCGAAUCAAAGCAUUCUGGAGAAGAAUACGGGUGACAGACAGCUUCCUUCACCCCUUCACUUUUAACAGCCUUCGCUCAUGCAGAUAGAAAGCAUGACAUCAUUCAGCCAACCCAAUUUUAACAUAUUUGCAGAGCAAAUAAAGAUUUCUGGGCUGUGCACGUUUAUGAGGUUAAAACAAUCCUACCAUGCCUGUGAAGAAGCUAUUUCAUUUUCAAACUAGCCAGCCAUAUCAGGCUAAUGACUCACACAUGCCUUUCAUGGGAGCUCUCUUUUAAAAUAUAAACGGUUUUGGGGCCAUGUUGAAAUGCAGGAAAUAGGGUCAGUAUUUCCAGAUUAGUCCCAUAUGGUUUGUUUUUGUGUUUAGUGUAUAUGUCUGAGAUUCUUGUGUAGUGGGGUUUAGGCAGCUGGCUGUGUGUGUGUGUGUGUGUGUGUGUGUGUGUGUGUGUGUGUGUGUGUGUGUGUGUGUGUGUGUGUGUGUGUGUGUGUGUGUGUGUGUGUGUGUGUGUGUGUGUGUGUGUGUGUGUGUGUGUGCCUUUGUGCGUGUGUAGGGGUCCUUCGCACUGGGUCCCACUGUGGUCAGUGAGCAAGCUUCAUAUUGGGCCUGAAAGACAGUGUUGACAGAAGCUGCUAGAGGCCAUGCAAUUCCAUCCACUCUCUAAUGGCAGUGCAGAUUCAAGUGGCUCAUUUUACCAAAGGGGGUGUAUCGCAACUGUACUCUGAAACAAUGUGGAAAAGGGACAUUUCACUAGGGGAGGGGAAGGAUGAUCCCCAUUCACUUGUGGGCCUGUAGCCAGUCAGAUGAGAUCUUUAAAAUGUAUUAUUUUCUUCCCCCAAACAUUUUCACUGACCGAGCGUCUUUGUUUUGGAUACAGCAACAGCUUCAAGAAGACACAGCUCCCUGUUCUCCUCGCCAAGAUCGAUGACAGGCUGGAGCAGUACACCCACGCUAUCGAGGUUAGCUCCCACCUGGUUUCUCCCCCCUCCUUCCUCUCUCCCUCCCUUCCUCCCGACAGACAGAGGCCCCAUUGAUGGCUGUGUGAUGAAUGCUUUCUGGUGACUAUUGAGCCAGACUUCUCUGUCCCCUUCUCUUCCUCUCUAUAUGUGACGCACUGUGUCAGCCUCACACAUACAUAGUUACUGUAUAUACUGUGGUUAAACCUCAGCCUCAGCUAGAGUGUCAGUGUUCACACAUCAAAGUAAGUCAACUGGCCUUAGUCAGGUACAGUCCGUCAAACCACUUCUAUCAUUUGGGAGAGGAUUGAUGUGCACUUGAGGCGUAGCAUGCUUUCUCAUCUCGGUAAUGCCUGAGUCAUACUAUAACUACAUGGGAGUAGUGUGUGGGAGGGAAUAAGAGUGUGGGGUCCUCUUACUCCUCUCUAGUGAGGGCAGUAUUUCACAAGCCACUAUUGCAUAAUCCGAAGACUAUGGGCUCGAUUCAAUCUGUAUCGCGGAAGGGUUACAAAUUUAAAGGUAAUUUCCGACUGAGCCGAGAUAUGCAGACAGAUAUGCAGUGUUUACCGUGAAUGCAGUCUCCGCUAACGCGGGUACAUUGCCUUUAAAUUUCAAUCAUGCUAUAAUGCUGAACUUCAGCAAUACAGAUUGAAUCCAGCCUUAUGUUACUCAUUGUGUCUAACUAUGUAAUAUUGUGCUACAUUUUUACUUGCUGUGCUUCAUUUUCAUACUAAUUUCCCCCUAAUCAGAAUUGAUAAAUAUCAGUGAACAAGCUUGAUAAAGUAUUAUUCUUUUUGAUCUAGAGUUCUGUUAUUUCUAUGCAAAUUCCAUGCAAAUGGACAAUAAAGUAUAUUGCAUUGUUUUGUUGUGUAGUACUCCCAGGAGGCCAAGGCAGUCAAACAGGGCCUGAUGGACAUCCCAAUGUCACCUGAAGCAGUGUCCUCCAAGAAGCAGUUGUUUGAGGCUGGAGAGGCUUGGAACCAGAGCCCGACCAAAGGCACACCAUCCAAGGCAAGGAAACACCAACAUGACGUUACAUACACAUGAAUGAAUAAAGUCAAAGAAGUCCAAGUUAUUUCUCACGACAUUAUACACCCAACAACAUAAAUAUACCCUUAUCAUUGUUUCCCCUAGGAUAUUUUUCAGCAGCUUUGGCAAAGUUAGUGUAGGGGCGGGGCGUGUAGUGGGUGUGGCCAAUGGCGCUGUCUCUGACCAACAUUUCUAGAGACCCUCCUCUUGGCCGCAGAGGCAAAAUGUUGUUGUUUUAAAACAAAUGUAUUGCAAUUCCACACAUUUCUCCAUGGGGUGGAGAGAGACAUUUUUUACAGUUUUAAAGCUAAUUUCCUGAAAUGCUACACAUUUUGCCAUGGGUCUGAGAGAAAAUGUUCAGUUUUAAAGCUAAUUUCCUGUAAUUCUAUACAUUUUACCAUGGCUUAUGCCCUGUUCAUAUGCUAUCUGAGUUACUCAAACAUUAUAACAAAAUCAAUGGUCAUGACAUUUUUGGAAUUUUUGAUUCCCCCUGACUGUCUAGUUUUUAUUUUGGUGGUUGUUAGUUCUCAAAGAUGAUCUUAUUUAAAAAUAUAUAGCUCCAUUAUCGUUCAAAGAUUUUACUGAGUUAGAGUUCAUAUAAAGAAAUUAGUUAAUUGUAAUAAAUUCAUUAGGCCCUAAUCUAUGGAUUUCACAUGACUGGGAAUACAGAUAUGCAUCUGUUGGUCACAGAUACCUUAAAAAAUAAAAAGUAGGGGCGUGGAUCAGAAAACCAGUCAGUAUCUGGUGUGACCACCAUUUGCCUCAUGCAGUGCAACACAUCUCCUUUGCAUAGAGUUGAUCAGACUGUUGAUUGUGGCCUGUGGAAUGUUGUCCCACUCCUCUUCAAUGGCUGUGCAAAGUUGAUGGAUUUUGGCAGGAACUGGAAAACGCUGUCAUCCACGUUGAUCCAGAGCAUUCCAAACAUGCUCAAUGGGUGACAUGUCUGGUGAGUAUGCAGGCCAUCGAAGAACUGGGACAUUUACAGCUUCCAGAAAUUGUGUACAGAUCCUUGCAACAUGGGGCCGUGCAUUAUCAUGCUGAAACAUGAGGUGAUGACAGCGAAUGAAUGGCCUCAGGAUCUCGUCACAGUAUCUCUGUGCAUUCAAAUUGCCAUCGAUAAAAUGCAAUUGUGUUCGUUGUCCGUAGCUUAUGCCUGCCCAUACCAUAACCCCACCGCCACCAUGGGACACUCUGUUCACAACGUUGACAUCAGCAAACCACUCACCCACAGCAAUGUAGAGAAAUGAACAUUAAAUUAUCUGGCAACAGCUCUGGUGGACAUUCCUGCAGUCAGCAUGCCAAUUGCGCGCUCCCUCAAAACAUGAGACAUCUGUGGCAUUGUGUUGUGUGACAAAACUGCACAUUUUAGAGUGGCCUUUUAUUGUCCCCAGCACAAGGUGCACCUGUGUAAUGAUCAUGCUGUUUAAUCAGCUUCUUGAUAUGCCACACCUGUCAGGUGGAUGGAUUAUCUUGGCAAGGGAUAAAUGCUCACUAACAGGGAUGUAAACAAAUGUGCACAACAUUUGAGAGAAAUAAGCUUUUUGUUCAUAUGAAAUAUUUUUGAAUCUUUUAUUUCAACUCAUGAAACAUGGGACCAACACUUUACAUGUUGCGUGUAUAUUUUUGUUCAGUAUGUAUAUACACUGCUCAAAAAAAUAAAGGGAACACUUAAACAACACAUCCUAGAUCUGAAUGAAUGAAAUAAUCUUAUUAAAUAUUUUUUUCUUUACAUAGUUGAAUGUGCUGACAACAAAAUCACACAAAAAUUAUCAAUGGAAAUCAAAUGUAUCAACCCAUGGAGGUCUGGAUUUGGAGUCACCCUCAAAAUUAAAGUGGAAAACCACACUACAGGCUGAUCCAACUUUGAUGUAAUGUCCUUAAAACAAGUCAAAAUGAGGCUCAGUAGUGUGUGUGGCCUCCACGUGCCUGUAUGACCUCCCUACAACGCCUGGGCAUGCUCCUGAUGAGGUGGCGGAUGGUGUCCUGAGGGAUCUCCUCCCAGACCUGGACUAAAGCAUCCGCCAACUCCUGGACAGUCUAUGGUGCAACGUGGCGUUGGUGGAUGGAAAGAGACAUGAUGUCCCAGAUGUGCUCAAUUGGAUUCAGGUCUGGGGAACGGGCGGGCCAGUCCAUAGCAUCAAUGCCUUCCUCUUGCAGGAACUGCUGACACACUCCAGCCACAUGAGGUCUAGCAUUAGGAGGAACCCAGAGCCAACCGCACCAGCAUAUGGUCUCACAAGGGGUCUGAGGAUCUCAUCUCGGUACCUAAUGGCAGUCAGGCUACCUCUGGCGAGCACAUGGAGGGCUGUGUGGACCCCCAAAGAAAUGCCACCCCACACCAUGACUGACCCACUGCCAAACCGGUCAUGCUGGAGGAUGUUGCAGGCAGCAGAACGUUCUCCACGGCGUCUCCAGACUCUGUCACGUCUGUCACAUGUGCUCAGUGUGAACCUGCUUUCAUCUGUGAAGAGCACAGGGCGCCAGUGGCGAAUUUGCCAAUCUUGGAGUUCUCUGGCAAAUGCCAAACGUCCUGCACGGUGUUGGGCUGUAAGCACAACCCCCACCUGUGGACGUCGGGCCCUCAUACCACCCUCAUGGAGUCUGUUUCUGACCGUUUGAGCAGACACAUGCACUUUUGUGGCCUGCUGGAGGUCAUUUUGCAGGGCUCUGGCAGUGCCCCUCCUGCUCCUCCUUGCACAAAGGCGGAGGUAGCGGUUCUGCUGCUGGUUUGUUGCCCUCCUACGGGCUCCUCCACGUCUCCUGAUGUACUGGCCUGUCUCCUGGUAGCGCCUCCAUGCUCUGGACACUACGUGACAGACACAGCAAACCUUCUUGCCACAGCUCGCAUUGAUGUGCCAUCCUGGAUGAGCUGCACUACCUGAGCCACUUGUGUGGGUUGUAGACUCCGUCUCAUGCUACCACUAGAGUGAAAGCACCGCCAGCAUUCAAAAGUGACCAAAACAUCAGCCAGGAAGCAUAGGAACUGAGAAGUGGUCUGUGGUCACCACCUGCAUAACCACUUCUUUAUUGGGGGUGUCUUGCUAAUUGCCUAUAAUUUCCACCUGUUGUCUAUUCCAUUUGCACAACAGCCUGUGACAUUUAUUGUCAAUCAGUGUUGCUUCCUAAGUGGACAGUUUGAUUUCACAGAAGUGUGAUUGACUUGGAGUUACAUUGUGUUGUUUAAGUGUUCCCUUUAUUUUUUUGAGCAGUGUAUAUAUAUAUAUAUAUAUAUAUAUAUAUAUACACACUACUGUUCAAAAGUUUGGGGUCACUUAGAAAUGUCCUUGUUUUCGAAAGAAAAUCAAUUUUUUUGUCCAUUAAAAUAACAUCAAAUUAAUCAGAAAUACAGUGUAGACAUUGUUAAUGUUGUAAAUGGCUAUUGUAGCUGGAAACUGCUAUUUUUUUUAAUGGAAUAUCUACAUAGGCGUACAGAGGCCCAUUAUCAGCAACCAUCAGUCCUUUGUUCCAAUGGUACGUUGUGUUUGCUAAUCCAAGUUUAUCAUUUUAAAACUUGUCAGUCUAUUCUUGUUCUGAGAAAUGAAGGCUAUUCCAUGCGAGAAAUUGCCAAGAAACUGAAAAUCUCGUACAACGCUGUGUACUACUCCCUUCACAGAACAGCGCAAACUGGCUCUAACCAGAAUAGAAAGAGGAGUGGGAGGCCCCGGUGCACAACUGAGCAAGAGGAAAAAUACAUUAAAGUGUCUAGUUUGAGAAACAGACGCCUCACAGGUCCUCAACUGGCAGCUUCAUUAAAUAGUACCCGCAAAACACCAGUCUCAACCUCAACAGUGAAGAGGCGACUCCGGGAUGCUGAUAAUGGGCCUCUGUACGCCUAUGUAGAUUUCAUUAAAAAUCAGCCGUUUCCAGCUACAAUAGACAUUUACAACAUUAACAAUGUCUACACUGUAUUUCUGAUCAAUUUGAUAUUAUUUUAAUGGACAAAACAAAUGAUUUUCUUUCGAAAACAAGGACAUUUCUAAGUGACCCCAAACUUUUGAACGGUAGUGUAUAUAUAUAAAGUGGAGUGGCGUCAACAAUUUAGCAGAGGUGCGUAUGGAUACAAAACAUGCUCUUUACAUACAGUAGCUUUCUUGAGUUAUACUGUAGACUACAGACACAGACAUACCUAGCUAGCUCUUUGAAAAUACAUUUACACUCUGUGUAGAUGUCUAAUUAUAUCUGUCCCAAUGCUCCUCUCCAUGCUAUUGUAUGGUUGUGAUCUCACACCUCUGUUUAUAGUCCUCCCACCCCAGGCCACAGCCCCUCACUCUCUCUCCCUGAUGUGUUUAAUUACUGCAUCUCAUUCAUCGUGUGCAGGCCAGGGUUCUUUGAGGUAACCAGAAACGGCAUGGCAACUUGACCUGGGGCAAAAUGAAUAACAGACACCCUGUGAGCCACGGCGGUAGAGAUCAGAGGCCCUUAAGGCUGUUGUUUAUUUUUACUCUCUACCACAAAUGUGUGGUUUCCCCCAGCCCCUCUUUCCUGUUCCUCAGAGGUAUUCAAUAGUAUGUAGCAGUAGCUGUUAACCUUCCCACAGAGAGAUAUGGUAUGCGCUCCCCUUACUAGCACCAUCCUAAUGGCUUUCACCGCAGGAGUAGCCCUAAAGAAAACAAACCUACACGCAGAUGUAGCAGACAGGCUAGCUUCAUAGGAGGUGAGUGAUAGGACAAUGGAGAGUAAGUUACUGGGGAGAAGUUGCAUGGAAGUCUGAAUGACUGGAUGCAGCCACAGAGUAGCAGUCUUGAACUAGCCUAAUGGUGUUUAACCUUAUAUGGAUGAAAAGAGAGAUACAUUGGCUUUCGAAAGUAUUCAACCCCUUGGCAUUUUUCCUAUUUCGUUGCCUUACAACCUGGAUUUUUUGGGGGUUUGUAUCAUUUCAUUUACACAACAUGCCUACCACUUUGAAGAUGCAAAAUAUUUUUUAUUGUGAAAACAAACAAAUAAGACAAAAAAAAUGAAAACUUGAGUGUGCAAAACUAUUCACCCCCCCAAAGUCAAUACUUUGUAGAGCCACCUUUUGCAGCAAUUACAGCUGCAAGUCUCUUGGGGUAUGUCUCUAUAAGCGUGGCACAUCUAGCAACUGGGAUUCUUGCCCAUUCUUCAAGGCAAAACUGCUCCAGAUAUACCGUUUUCCUUGAUGGCCAAAAAGCUCAAUUUUAGUUUCAUCUGACCAGAGUACCUUCUUCAUAUGUUUGGGGAGUCUCCCACAUGCCUUUUGGUGAACACCAAACGUGUUUGCUUAUUUUUUUCUUUAAGCAAUGGCUUUUUUCUGGCCACUCUUCCGUAAAGACCAGCUCUGUGGAGUGUACGGUUUAAAGUGGUCCUAUGGACAGAUACUCCAAUCUCUGCUGUGGAACUUUGCAGCUCCUUCAGGGUUAUCUUUGGUCUCUUUGUUGCUUCUCUGAUUAAUGCCGUCCUUGCCUGGUCCCUGAGUUUUGGUGGGCGGCCCUCUCUUGGCAGGUUUGUUGGGGUGCCAUAUUCUUUCAAUUUUUUAAAUAAUGGAUUUAAUGGUGCUCCGUGGGAUGUUCAAAGUUUUGAAUAUUUUUUUAUAACCCAACCCUGAUCUGUACUUCUCCACAACUUUGUCCCUGACCUGUUUGGAGAGCUCCUUGGUCUUCAUGGUGCCGCUUGCUUGGUGGUGCCUCUUCCUUAGUGGUGUUGCAGACUCUGGGGCCUUUCAGAACAGGUGUAUAUAUACUGAGAUCAUGUGACAGAUCAUGUGACACUUAGAUUGCACACAGGUGGACUUUAUUGAACUAAUUAUGUGACUUCUGAAGGUAAUUGGUUGCACCAGAUCUUAUUUAGGGGCUUCAUAGCAAAGGGGGUGAAUACAAAUGCACGCACCACUUUUUCGUUAUUUAUUUUUUAGAAAUGUUUGAAACAAGUUAUAUUUUUCAUUCUACUAAACCAAUUUGGACUAUUUUGUGUAUGUCCAUUACAUGAAAUCCAAAUAAAAAUCAAUUUAAAUUACAGGUUGUAAUGCAACAAAAUAGGAAAAACGCCAAGGGGGAUGAAGACUUUUGCAAGGCACUGUACCUAACCUCUGCAAUCUCUGCACCCAAAACCAAAUAUAUUGUGUGUGCUGGACAGCUACAUGUACAGUCGUGGUCAAAGGUUUUGAGAAUGACACAAAUAUUAAUUUUCACAAAGUCUACUGCCUCAGUUUUUAUGAUGGCAAUAUGCAUAUACUCCAGAACGUUAUGAAGAGUGAUCAGAUUAGUUGCAAUUAAUUGCAAAGUCCCUCUUUGCCAUGAAAAUUUACUUAAUCCCCCCAACAACAAAAAAAUUCAACACUGCCACAAAAUGACCAGCUGACAUCAUGUCAGUGAUUCUCUCGUUAACACAGGUGAGAGUGUUGACCAUGACAAGGCUGGAGAUCACACUGUCAUGCUGAUUGAGUUAGAAAAACAGACUGGAAGCUUUAAAAGGAGGGUGGUGCUUGAAAUCAUUGUUCUUCCUCUGUUAACCAUGGUUACCUGCAAGGCGUGCCGUCAUCAUUGCUUUGCACAAAAAGGGCUUCACAGGCAAAGAUCUUGCUGCUAGUAAGAUUGCACCUAAAUCAACCAUUUAUCGGAUCAUCAAGAACUUCAAGGAGAGAGGUUCAAUUGUUAUGAAGAAGGCUUCAGGGCGCCCAAGAAAGUCCAGCAAGUGCCAGGACCGUCUCCUAAAGUUGAUUCAGCUGCGGGAUCGGCGCACCACCAGUGCAGAGCUUGCUCAGGAAUGGCAGCAGGCAGGUGUGAGUGCAUCUGCACGCACGGUGAGGCGAAGACUUUUGGAGGAUGGCCUGGUGUCAAGAAGGGCAGAGAGGAAGCCACUUCUCUCCAGGAAAAACAUCAGGGACAGACUGAUAUUAUGCAAAAGGUACAGGGAUUGGACUGCUGAGGACUGGGGUAAAGUCAUUUUCUCUGAUGAAUCCCCUUUCCGAUUGUUUGGGGCAUCCGGAAAAAAGCUUGUCCGGAGAAGACAAGGUGAGCGCUACCAUCAGUCCUGUGUCAUGCCAACAGUAAAGCAUCCUGAGACCAUUCAUGUGUGGGGUUGCAUCUCAGCCAAGGGAGUGGGCUCACUCACAAUUUUGCCUAAGAACACAGCAACGAAUAAAUAAUUUCCCCAACCAUCCAAGAACAGUUUGGUGACAAACAAUGCAUUUUCCAGCAUGAUGGAGCACCUUGCCAUAAGGCAAAAGUAAUAACUAAGUGGCUAGGGGAACAAAACAUCGACAUUUUGGGUCCAUGGCCAGGAAACUCCCCAGACCUUAAUCCCGUUGAGAACUUGUGGUCAAUCCUCAAGAGGCGGGUGGACAAACAAAACCCCACAAAUUCUGGCAAACUCCAAGCAUUGAUUUAUGCAAGAAUGGGCUGCCAUCAGUCAGGAUGUGGCCCAGAAGUUAAUUGACAGCAUGCCAGGGCGGAUUGCAGAGGUCUUGAAAAAGUAGGGUCAACACUGCAAAUAUUGACUCUUUGCAUAAACUUAAUGUAAUUGUCAAUAAAAGCCUUUGACACUUAUGGAAUGUUUGUAAUUAUACUUCAGUAUACCAUAGUAACAUCUGACAAAAAUAUCUAAAAACACUGAAGCAGCUAACUUUGUGAAGACUAAUACUUGUGUCAUUCUCAAAACUUUGGACCACGACUGUAUGUGUAACAGUCUGUCACAAGAGACUAGGGAAUGCCUAAUGAAUGGAAGUGUCUUGUUGAACGCUUGAGUUGACGUCUGUCUGUGUGUGUGUCAGCAGGAUGUUGAGGGUCUGAAGGUGGGCGUGGCAGACCUGAUCACCCAGUGGGUGAAGGGAAACCCAGAUGGCACCAGCAGGAACUCCCCCCCAAGACCAGCUGUAAGUUUAGCUCAGACCAGAGCCAUUUACACUAUAUAUGCGUAUACAUUUACUGUAUAUGGCUCUGCAUUUCACCAGUCUCCACCUGUGGAGUAAUCUCGGUUAACCGAGAACUAAAGACUUGCGUAGCUAAUUGGUCAGCUUCUUGAUUAAGUUCUGGGUCCAUAAGUGUUAAGAGAAGAGAUUAAGUUAUGUUAGAACAAGGAGCGGAACAGGAACGAGGAGCUCCACCCUCUCUCUUUGCAAGAUACGGGCAAGUUUAUGGGCCGAAUGUCCCUCCCUUUACGAAAUUCGAAAGAUGCUAACACCUGCAAAAUCAUGAGUUGUCCAAAUAACCAGUGACGAAAAACCCAAGCACCGGAACUAUUGCUCCUCAUUAGCUAUCAGUGUCCAUAGUAUAAAGACAGAUCUAUGGUACCAUUUAUGUUUAUGUACUCUGCCCACAAGAUUACCUGUGGAAUAUACACUACCACCAACUGCUUCCCUGUCACUAUUCUAUAGCACUGGCAUCCCCUUUACAGAGGUGGCUUAAGGUUGAACAAUGUUGUACGAUUUCACUCUCAUCCCCUUUACAGAGACUGAAUCCAAAAUACAGCAUUAGUGAAACAUUUGUGUAUCUACUUCCUUUACUUUCCUUCCUCAGUCUUCUUAUUUCAACUGUCUUCAUGUCCUCCCUACUCAAGGUAACUGCUCUUUUCACUCUCAUUCCCUAUCCUCUCCUUUUCUCCUUCUGAACUAUUCUACAUGUAAGUGUUUGUAGUACAGCUGUGUACAGGCAUGCAGAGAAUCAGAGAAGCGUGUGUGCAGUCAGCUUUAUCCAAGGCUGCCCCCUUCUGGGGUGUAUUCUAUUGUGGUGGUUCAGAACCAAAGCCAAGAGGGUUGCUUGUCUCGCAUGGCUCCCAAAAGCAUUUGAUAUACAGCUGAGUUGCUGUUUGGUGCUGUUCAUUCCCCAGGAUGUAAAAGCUGGUGACGUGAUGCAGAAAAAGAACAUGUGGGAGAUCAUUGGAGAAACAUCCCCUGGGAGAUCAGGAGCAGGGGCAAAGGUGAGCACGCUCACACGCACGCUUGCACGCAGACAUACACACAUUGAUACUCACGUACAGUAUUUGAAUAUUCUUUGGCAAACUCAGUGUAUAAUAUACUGUGGCAAAUGAUCUCUGUUCUAAAUCAGUCCCUAUGCUUUUCAGGGCAAUCCAUCUGGUAAAAGGUACAAAUUUGUGAUGACUGCUCAUGGCAAAUAUGAGAAGAUUCCUGUUGAUGAUGAUGAAAAUAUGUAUGAAUACAUUAAUGGAAAAGCAGGUGAGAUGACUGGGUCUAUACAAUAA